AUGAAGCGAGGAGCGUGGCACGUCUACACCUCCUCCGUCCCUUGGUUGGACAUCGCAGCGGCUUGGAGAGGAGAGGAGGGCGGUACUACGCAGAACUCCUCGUCGCCCGCUGCGCCAGGAGUGGGCUGGCGGAACCGAGGGCGCACUGCCGCGCAGCAGUGCUGGGCAGUUGCGAGGAGAGCUCUGUUUGCGUCGCAGCCCCGCGGUGCCUCUUCUUCGGCCGGUGGCCUCGACCCCUACCGCCCUACUCCUCGCGAGGAGGAGGAGCCUUGCCACCCGGCUGCUGCUUCCAACGACACGCUCGACACUGACGAGGACGAGGCCUUGACGAGCGACGAUGAGGAGGACGACGGCGAAGACAACGACGACGAUGAGGCCGAGGAGAACGAGGACGCCCACGCAGAUGUGGAGGAUGUCUACGAGGACCUGGUGGAGGAGGACGAGGACGAGGACGAAGAGGACCUGGACGACGAAGAUGACGAGGAAGAGGACCUGGACGAUGACGAAGCUGAGUGGGACGACGAAGAGGCGGCCGAAGACGAAGAGGACGACUGGGAGGACGACGAGGACGACGAAGAAGAGUGGGAGGACGACGACGAAGACGACGACGAGGAAGGCAACGAGGAAGAGUGGGAAGACGAGGAGGAGGAAAAGGAGGACGACGCCGAGAACUACCGGCGCGAGGUUCCGCCCGCUAGAAAAGGAGCAGCAGGAGACAGGAGGCCCUAG